AUGCGGAGUCUGACCCAAGCCCGGGUUGUCCAAGGACUCGAAGAGGCUCUUGGAGAGAUCCACCUCGUCGAUUCCACAUUUGCAGUCAAUGCUAUAUGCAACCGAGGACGGCCAACUCAGGUUCAACGACGUUCGAAUGGACUCAUUGGAGUGGCCACUGGCGAGAUCGAGCGGCCGAGCGGCCUGGCGGUGCUGACCUGGGCCAGCGGUGUCGCAGCUAGGGCAGAAAGGGAUGCCGCCCAACAGAUAGACAUCUGGUCGCCUACAAGGUGCCUGGUGCCUGGACUCCAUCGACGACAGUCGUGA